UUUAGUUUGACAGCUGGAAAAAAAAAACAAACACUUAAAAAACAACAAAGAAAUGAGGAAAGACAUAAUAGUAAGUUUCUCGAACCACCCGGCAUUCAUUUCUCAUGUUGUCCUCUUCGCUCAAAAUCAUAAGUUUUCGUCACUUAUCAAAUCUCCUGCCACAAAUCCGUUAGGUUACCGUCUGUUAUCAAAUCUCCAACCACAGAUCCGUUAGUUUUCCUUUUCUUAUCCAAUCUCUGGCCACCAGAUCCGUUCGGUUUAAAUCUCCGACCACCAGAUCGGUUAGGUUUUCGAUUAAAUUGCCGGCGGCUACCAGAUUUGUUAGUUUCUGAUAUGGAAGAUGAAGAACCAAAAAACUGUAUUUAGGCCGAAACCUGUAAACAAGGUUUUGGAUCUUUGAGGGCGAUGGAAAAGGUUCCUGCAAAACAGAAAACCGUUAGGCUCGCCGCAGAGAUGGGAGGGCCCCUCUGCGACCACCCUCCGGCGUGAGGAUAAGUAUUUGUUUAGAGAGAGAGAAUAGAGAGAGAUAAUAAGGACGGAGCGUCAGAAAACUGUACUUGGUUUUGUACUUGGCUGAGUAUUUAUAGUAGUCAACUGAGAUGACGUCAUUCGGCCAUACGCACUCGAACGGGAGUCCGUCUUCGGAGAUUCUUGAUAUGGUGCGGACACAUCUUAAGUGUUCGUCCUAGUAGAGCUUGGUUCGUCCUGAUGAUAGUGUCCGGCCUCGGACAUACGUCUUCAAGUCCCCUAGUUUGUUAAGUCUUGGUGAAGACUUUGCAAACUGAAUCUUCAAGCUUUUGUCUUAUCCGGAUGACGUGUUGUUACGGGAAUGGCUUAAAUGAAUGACGUGGAAUGUUUUGAGUGGAGGUGACGUGUCGCGGGUGAUGUCUGUGAUUUGUCCGUCGGUCACCUACACGUGAGGUUUGCGAACCCCCGCGUUGGAAUUCGUGGGGGCGCUCUUGAUGCGACGGGAUGAUUUGACAACCCCUUAACCGACUUAAACACUUAUAUAUAAGCUUGAUCUUUCUCAUUUUUCUCUGUUUUACUGAAUCUCUCUUCUGCAAAUCCUCUUUAUCUUCUUCUUCUUCUUCUUCUAAGAAAGGUGCGUCCCUUCUCUGUUUAUCUUUUUUAAAACAUGGCUCCAGGCAAGGAUAACCUUGCGGAUAGCGUUAGUGUCCUUACUCCUCGUCAGUUUGACAAGUUUGUUAGAGAGUAUAGGAUUCCUUUAGAUCUUCAUCAGGCCCUUCCUUCCAGAACGGACGCCAUACAUCCGUUCCGUCAAGGGAAAUUUGCUUUUUACACCCGUGUUUGCAACUUUGCUAACUACAGGGUUCCUUUCUCUCGUUUUUUUAUUAAGGUUUUGCAAUUUUUUAGGGUUCAUAUUAGUCAGGUUAACCCCUUCGGUCUUAGCCGUAUAAAUCAUUUUGAACUUUCUUGCCGGGCCCUUGGCCAGAAACCAGAUUUAAACGUUUUCCGGUACUUUUACAAGUUUAUCACGGCCGGAGACUGGUACAUGUUCGCUCACCGGGAGAACGUUCCUUCUCCCUCCUCCAACGAGCGGUCUAGCUUGAAGAACUGGAAGGAUAACUUCUUCUGGUUAGACGAUCGUUGUCUUCCGGAGGACAUGAGGUGGCGUUUCAAGGACCAGUCGAUGUCUUUUGAUUUGGACGAAGGUUUUAUUUUUAACGAAGACUUGGGUCGUGCCUUGGUCGAGCAUCAGUCCCCUAUUCGUCCUCUUCCCGAGCAUUUUCUUUGGUUAGGUCGAGUUAGUUUUUCGUGGGCCCGAGGGGAUAAGGAUUGGCCGAUCAUUCGCCGAAAGCGUGAUCGUGCUGCGAUGUCGCUUCUCGAUGCUCUGAAGGUUCCCAGUAUGGACGUGUUUGAUUUUGACUUUGAGGAACAAGCUGAAGGGGAGGUUCCAUUGAUGAAACAGGUGGCCGCUUCGGCGCAUCCUAUUCGCACCCCUGCUGAUCCUAAUGCGGCCACGUCAUCUGCUGCCGAGGCGACUUCCUCCGUUCCCAAGAAUUCCUCCGAACAAGCCGCUACUAAGACGGUUUCCCUUGUUCCAGUUUCUUCUAAGGGAGCCGAUGGUUCGUCCGGAUCUCAGGCUGGGCGAAAGUCUAUUCUAGACGAUGUGGAUGAUGAUCCGGAGAUCCGCAAAUUGGACGAAGCCCUUCUAUAUCGGCCUUCAUCUUUGAAGAGCAAAAGUGUUGGGGCGGAUACGGACCUGGUGAUCCGUUCUCGCAAGAGGAAGAGUGAGACAGUUCAGAUACGUUUCACCGAUUCUCUCCCACCGCCAAAAUUGAAGAAAACGAAAGGGGGUUCUCAUUCUGGAGGCAGUGUGAUGGAAGAACUUGAUGAACAUCUCUCUGGAGGUAAGAGUUCGAGGGAAGAAGCAGCUUUGGCUCGAAGUGGGCCGACUCCGGCUUAUUCAGGUGGUUUUAUCCCGGAUAGUGAAGUGGAGAGUAUGGAGAUGGAGAAUCCGGAGGGUGCGGAUAAGGGAAAAGCCCCUAGUGAACCGAAGGUGGUAACUUUUUCAGGUACGCACUUGGGCUCAUCUUUGGGUCCGGACUGUUUUAUGGAUGAUGAGGAAGAUCAAGUGUCUUCGCUUCCCUCAUCCUGGUUCGGACCUGAGUUGAUGUCCUUUUUUCGAUAUGCAGAUCUGUUCUCGGAUGAUAUGGAUAUUGACCCCUCAACUGCCGAGGAAAAAUUUAUUCCCGAAUGGGACAUCCGGAACAAAGAUACGGUGAUGGACACUUUGACAGCCAGAACGAUGCUUUUUAAUAUAAAUACUCCGAUAGACCAUGCUAUGUAACACCUCGAAAAAUUUCGUCCAAUAAUGUCUUGACACGUGUCAUAAGGUUCCGGUAUGU